CUCGCUAGCGGCGUAUCCUUCCGCGGCGGCGGGCGUGAAUCGGUACGUGUCCGCGGUGUCCCUCCGCCGCCGGGAGCGCAGGGGCGGGCAGCGUCUCCCCGGACGGGGCGAGGAGGUCGCGGACUCCGCUGGGAGGAAGAAGAAGAAACUUCGGAGCGCGGUGGCCGGCGCGGCGGUUCGGCAGGCCGGCGGAGAGAGGGCUCCCCGCAGAGAAGGAGGAAAAGGAGGAGGAGGAAGUGGCGGCGACGGCGGCCGGUCCCCGCCGCCGCCCCCGCGGGGUCUCUGGGGGGGAGCCCGAGGGACUCUUUCUCGCGGGGCCCGGCGGAGGGAUCUCCAGGCGGCUUCCCCCGUCGCCUCCCCCCUGCACCGCUCGUUCCUCGGCGCCGCCAUCUUGAAUUUUAAUCCGCCAUUUUUUUUCCUCCCCCCACUCGGAAUUAUUUUUUAUCACUACCGCUCCUUUUUUUCGCCCCCCCCUUCCUUAGUUUUUCCCCCACCCCUCCCCUCGCUCCGUCUUCACUUCUCCCCUACCCCCUUGCACCUUCCUCCAUUUUUUUUUUUUUUCCCCCUCUCGCUCCCUUCCCUUUGAUGAUUCAUUUUCCCCCAGUGGCGGCUGGGGCAGCGCCGGCGGCGGCCAGGGACCCAGCGCGGCAGGUAGUGGGCAGGAAUUGGAACUGAAAUUAUUCAUCCACUUCUCCGAGCCUUCUGAAAAGUGACUAAAUGCAACUGAGUCAGAUUGUCUGUGGGAAUGAAGUGGCUGGGAGAAUCCAAGAACAUGGUGGUGAAUGGCAGGAGAAGUGGAAGCAAGUCGUCUAAUGACCACACACAGAAUCAGAACAAAUUGCAGCAUGCAGGAAAGGAGAAUCCGAAGACAGGCAAAAAUGGAGUUGAGAGAAGAUCAAGCAGAUGUAGCAGUGCUUCAGGAUUUGAGGGUCAAAGUCGUUACGUGCCUUCCUCUGGAAUGUCUGCCAAGGAACUGUGUGAAAACGAUGACCUAGCAACUAGUUUGGUUCUUGAUCCCUAUUUAGGUUUUCAGACACACAAAAUGAAUACUAGAUUUCGACCUAUUAAAGGAAGGCAAGAAGAACUAAAAGAGGUGAUUGAACGUUUUAAGAAAGAUGAGCACUUAGAAAAAGCCUUCAAGUCCUUGACGUCAGGUGACUGGGCCCGGCACUAUUUUCUUAACAAGAACAAAAUGCAGGAAAGGUUGUUCAAGGAACAUGUAUUUAUUUAUUUACGAAUGUUUGCAACUGACAGUGGGUUUGAGAUACUGCCUUGUAAUCGGUAUUCUUCUGAGCAAAAUGGAGCCAAAAUUGUUGCAACAAAAGAAUGGAAACGAAAUGAUAAAAUAGAAUUACUUGUGGGCUGUAUUGCUGAACUGUCAGAAAUGGAAGAAAACAUGCUGCUGAGACAUGGGGAAAAUGACUUCAGUGUCAUGUAUUCCACACGGAAGAACUGUGCACAGCUGUGGCUUGGUCCUGCUGCAUUUAUCAAUCAUGAUUGCAGACCUAACUGUAAGUUUGUAUCAACGGGCAGAGAUACAGCAUGUGUGAAAGCUCUAAGAGAUAUUGAACCUGGAGAAGAAAUCUCUUGUUACUAUGGAGAUGGGUUUUUUGGAGAAAAUAAUGAAUACUGCGAAUGUUACACCUGUGAAAGGCGUGGAACUGGUGCUUUUAAAUCAAGAGUGGGAUUGCCAGCACCUACUCCUGUGAUUAAUAGUAAAUAUGGACUGAGAGAAACAGAUAAACGAUUAAACAGACUUAAAAAGUUGGGUGACAGCAGCAAAAAUUCAGACAGCCAGUCUGUCAGCUCUAACACUGAUGCAGAUACCACUCAGGAAAAAGCUCAUGCAACUAACAGAAAAUCUUCAAUUGGCGUGAAAAAGAACAGCAAAAAUAGAACAUUAACAAGACAGUCUAUAUCAAGAAUUCCAGCAUCAUCAAAUUCUACCUCAUCUAAACUAACUCAUAUAAAUAAUUCCAGGGUACCAAAGAGACUGAAAAAGCCUGCAAAGCCUUUACUUUCAAAGAUAAAGUUGAGAAAUCAGUGCAAAAGGCCAGAGCAAAAGAAUGCUUCUAGAAAGCUCGAAAUGGGAAAUUUAGUUCUCAAAGAGCCUAAAGUAGUUUUGUAUAAAAAUUUGCCCAUUAAAAAGGAUAAAGAAUUGGAGGGACCAGUCAAAGUUGCAGUCUCUAGUGGAUGCUUAACAAGGCAUGCAGCAAGAGAACAUAAACUGAAUUCUGUGAAAGGUGCUCAUGAGCAUGGUGAUAUGCCACCCUGCACAUACAUAACAAGGAGGUCGGUGAGAACAAGGAUGAAUUUGAAGGAGACCUCUGACGUAAAGCUUGAACCAAAUACGUUGGAUAGCUAUAAAAAUAACUUGACCAGAACGCAGUUGGACAUCUUAGAGCAGCAGCCUCACGUGAUAAAUGAAAACGAUGUGGCUCAUGGACCAUCACAUAAAGGGGAGAUCAGGUGCCAGAAAAAUGACGCGGGCAUGUCAAAAAAGAAAUCUCGACAAGGAAAGCUUGUGAAACCAUCUGCAAAAACAGAAGAAACUGAUACUAUGCACAAUACACCUGUGAAAGAUGAAGUACCGGAUUUGAUUCGUUCUCAUUCAGAACUUGGGGAGAGGAAUAACGUGGUGGACACACCAGUUGGCUAUAAAGACUGUAUCCCUGGAUCGGGUGGCUGCUCUGUUGUAACAUCUGACAAUUUUAAAGCAAAAGACAGCUUUAGAACUGCAAAAAAUAAAAAGAAAAGACGAAUCACAAGAUACGAUGCACAACUUAUCCUUGAAAAUAGCUCUGGGAUCCCUAAACUGACUCUACGUAGACGCCACGAUAGCAGUAGCAAGGCAAACGACCAAGAAAGCGAUGGGAUGAAUUCUUCAAAAAUAAGCAUCAAAUUAAGUAAAGACCAUGAAAAAGAUAAUAAUUUAUAUGUAGCAAAGCUAAAUAAUGGGUUUAACUCAGGAUCAGGCAAUAGUUCAACAAAAUUAAAAAUACAGCUAAAACGAGAGGAAGAAAACAGAGGGACGUACCCUGAGGACCUUCAUGAAAAUGGUAUGUGUUGUAGUGAAACUCUCUCCCUUUUGGAGUCAAGAAUGGAAGUAGAUGAUUAUGGUCACUAUGAAGAGGAAACAGCAGAUGAAUCUUCAUCAGAAGAGGAUGAUGAAGAGGAAGAUGACUACGAUGAUGAAUUUGAUGACUUUAUUCCUCUUCCUCCAGCGAAGAGAUUAAGGCUUAUUGUUGGCAAGGAUUCAAUAGAUAUUGAUAUUUCUUCCAGGAGGAGAGAAGAUCAGUCUUUAAGGCUCAAUGCAUAAGCUUAUAGGUCUUAAACUGACCUGGAUGUCAUUUUUAAAAAAAAAAAAAAAAAACAAAAAAAACACAACAACAAAAACAAAACAAAACAAAAAAAAUAAAAAAAAUAAAAACAAACAAAACAAAACACAACAGCAACAAUUCCAUUUGAUUAUUCCCCAACUGAAGAACUUUCUGAAAAACUUAAUGGCAGCACUUCUUUAUUGUUUAUUCACCUAUCAACAUAAUAUUGUAGAAAGUGUACAGCAUACUGACUCUUCUUAAGUCUGAUUUGUGCAGAUUUUUAUUGUACUUUUUAAUAGCCUUCUUAUGUGCAAUUCUGAGUUAGAGGUAAUGCUCUGUUGUAAAAUAAAGGCUCAAGCAAAGUUAUGAAAUUGCAUCAAAUCUUUCCAUGCAGGACAAUGAGAAUACAGUGUGGCUACAUAAUUAUUUUUGAGCAGUAAGAGCAUUAGUUUGCUCUUACUAUAUUUGACUAAACAAUUUAAAAAAAAAAUCAUAGUAGCAGCAUAUUAAGGUUUUUCUAGUAUUUGUUAAUAUCACCAGCAAUGAUCUACAGCUUUUCAAUUUAUUUGCUAGAUGUUUUUUUUCCCCCCUUGGAGUUUGUCAGUUUUAACACUGUAUGCUGUCCCAGACGUACUGUUUGUGGCCUUUGUUAUAGUAGCAAACCGUUGGUUGGAAGUCAAAUUGAUUUCUUUAAAAAAAAGAGGAAAAAAAAAAAUAAAGAAAAGGUGUUGACAAUUUGCUGACUUUUUAGUACAUUAUAUGUACAAGGGUAGCAGUAUGCAGAAUAAAAGUUUGGAUAUGGUGUAUUUAUUGCUUGUUAUGUAAAUUAAACACCUUGUAUUUAACACUUUUCAAUACUUUUAGAUAAAAUUGUUCUUUGCAAGAAUGAUUGGUGCUUAUUUUUUCAAGAAUUUGCUGUGAAAAAUGUGAUUACAACGGGCAACAUUUAUCCAAUGAACUGCAGCUAUCCUAAAUUGGUUCUUCAUAUUUUUCUGUUGCACUUGUAAAAUGCUACAAGGAGUUUAAAGAAAAUCUAUUCACUUUAACUUAUGAUAGUUUUAUGAAAUUUAAAAACAACUAAGUCACAGCUUUUGUUCUGUGGUAACCUAUAAAUUGUUUGUCUUUUAAGAACCAGUUGUAAAAGACUGAAAAAAUAUGUAUAUGUUGUAAAUAUUUGUGUGUUGUGAGAAAUUUUGUCAUAAGAAAUUGAGAUAACUUGCCAGGAGGGUUUUUAAGUUUAGAAAUACAUCCAUGCCAAUAAAAUAGGAAAUUGUAAACCUAGUUUUAAACUCUGCAUCAGUUGGAGUUCUUUGCUCAUACGUAGUUCACUUAAUACUUCGGAGUCUGCUUUAUAACAACGAAGAGCAUCAGGGCGAUCUUUGGCUCUUUUGUUUUUAAUAAAAGAAUGUUAGGAAACCUG